CAUACCCAAGAUGUUGCUGCUUUCCAUUAUAUUAGCCAACGCGGUGACCGCUCUAUACGCCAUGCCCGCUAGCGAAAGCAAUGAAACUGGUCAUGACUUAUCUUCCCGCAUUUUGUAUGGAGAGUAUGCCGAUAUAUCGGAGUAUCCAUAUUUCGCAUAUCUCAAUGGAACUUGCGGUGCCGCCAUCAUCUCGCACAGGUGGCUGAUCACGGCGGCUCACUGCAUCCAGGGCGUCGAAGAAGACCGAGUGAACCGAGCGUGGGUGGGAGGAAACACUGCUCAAACUAGCCAAGUUUAUCCAAUCGACUAUGCGGUUGUCCAUCCAGAAUAUGACGAAGACAUGAAAAUCAAUGACAUCGCGCUCUUGCAUCUGGCCCAACCGUUGACUUUCAGCAAUACUGUACAACCUUUAGAUCUACCACAAAAGGAAUAUGAGCUAAAUGCUCUCCAUAAAUUUGCUGGACAUGGAAGGGAUGAGCAUGACCUUCUGACUAAAUACCUGAUGAGUAUGAAGGUUCGCACUUUAGGUGUAAAAGAAUGCAUGUCUAACUUACCCCCGGAUCUACACAGAUUCUACACAGAUCAGGAUAAAGUGGUUAUUUGUGUUAAACGGAUAGACGAUAAGCCAGGAUUAUGCUAUGGUGAUUCUGGCAGUCCGCUCGUCCGUGGCAACACUCUUGUCGGUAUCGCGUCAUAUAUUCCGGAAACCUGCCCAGAGUCCCGAGUAGGCAUGUUCGCCAACGUGGCUCCCUUUGUGGGAUGGAUCGGGGAUAUCACCGGUAUCGGAUACUUGGACUCUGAAUACGAAGACGAUCCCAACUGA